UAGACCGGCGUCAUAUCCAGUAUUAUCUCCGUAGCUCCGCGGAGUUGCGGCGGCUCAGUCGUGUGAUAAACGCGAAGGCACCUGGAUUGAUUGUAGCGGCAGAUGUUUUCCGCGCAUACGUAGACAUCGCGCUGCUACCGGUGAAUCGUGCAUCGCCCGCGAACAAUGUGGAUCCCGUGAAACGGAACAGCGGCCAACUGUUCAAUUCAAGCUAGCUAAAUCAGUGUUGUAAAACCUGCGGUGUCGAGAUUAACCGUCCCGUUUUUGUUUCGUUUGGAAUCCCUGCCGCUGGAAGACAGAACUUUAGACAGAGUGAGAGAAACGUCUAUAAAAGGUAAUAAAAUUAUCAAAAAAGGAUGAGUCUUCGUUGGAUUCACGAAAAUUUAGAGGCGCCGACAUGUGACGAGGAAUGCAGCGAUAUCGAUGACAGUUGCAGCGAUGAUAGCUACGAUUCAGAUUUAUCGAUCGACGAAGAGAAAGGAUCGGGAAACGAAAAGGAGAUCAAUGGUGAUUGUAGGAAAAAAAGGGAAACCAGGAGACUUCAGACCGGCACUGUGAAGUACGGAGAGAAUGGAACUACGCGUUAUCUGAGAUCGGAAUUGGCUAAACACACGCCUUGCGUUAUAUGGGAUCCUAGGAAACCGGCACAAAAUCCUGUGUACAAUUGUGUCGUAAUCAAAUUGUUCUGUCGAACUGGAUAUCAUCUUGGUGUAUCGAACUCUGGUCGUGUUCGCGGUUUCAAUGCGACAAAUGAACCGCAUGCUUUACUACACAUUAUACCAGUAGCAUUUGGAGUAAUUCGGAUACAAAGUAUUCAGACUAGCCUGUAUUUGGCUUUCAAUAAAAAGGGCCGUCUUUACGGGGAGCCAAAUGGAAGUAAAGACAACACAGAAUGGGAACAGUGGAACGUUGGUUCGUACGAUGCUUUUCGAUCGCGAAAAUAUCAAAAUUACGGAUGGUGGAUAGGGAUAAAAAAGAACGGGCGUGCAAAACCGGGAUCAAGAACAUGCUGGGGC